CCUCCACGCCGCCGCCUCGCCCGCGCAAGGUCUUGUGUUUGUUUUCGACCGCGGGGAGGAGGCGGCGACGGAGGAGGAGGAGAAGGAGGAGGAGGAAGAAGAAGAGGAGAGCGCUGGGAACAUGAUCGCCCGGUGGCUGACAUUCGCCAUCCUCUGUGGAUCGCUCUGGGCAGGGCCGGGGCACGGCGAGGUGGAGACCAGGGAGUGCAUCUACUACAAUGCCAACUGGGAGCUGGAGAAGACGAACCGCAGUGGGGUGGAGCGCUGUGAGGGGGAGAAGGACAAGCGUCUGCACUGCUACGCGUCCUGGAGGAACCAGUCCGGGACUAUCGAGUUGGUCAAGAAGGGAUGCUGGCUCGACGACUUCAACUGCUACGACAGGCAGGAGUGUGUUGCCACGGAGGAGAACCCUCAGGUCUUCUUCUGCUGCUGCGAGGGCAACUUCUGCAACCAGCAGUUCAUCCACCUCCCCGAGGCCUCAGGACCCGACGUCACGUAUGAGCCGCCCCCGCCAACACCAUCGCUGCUCAGUGUCCUGGUCUACUCGCUGCUUCCCAUCAGCAGCCUCUCCCUGGCCAUCCUCCUAGCCUUCUGGAUGUAUCGACACCGCAAACCUCCUUAUGGCCACGUGGACAUCAAUGAGGACCCUGGCCCCCCACCCCCUUCACCCCUGGUGGGGCUAAAACCCCUGCAGCUGCUGGAGAUCAAGGCCCGGGGACGCUUCGGCUGUGUCUGGAAGGCCCAGCUGAUGAACGACUAUGUGGCCGUAAAGGUGUUCCCUCUGCAGGACAAGCAGUCAUGGCAGAGUGAGCGCGAGAUCUUCAACACGCCAGGCAUGAAACACGAGAAUCUCCUGCAGUUCAUCGCGGCCGAGAAGCGCGGCUCCAACUUGGAAGUGGAGCUGUGGCUCAUCACGGCUUUCCAUGACAAGGGCUCCCUGACCGACUACCUGAAGGGAAACCUGGUGAGCUGGAACGAGCUGUGCCACGUGGCAGAGACCAUGGCCCGGGGGCUCUCCUACCUGCACGAGGACGUGCCCUGGUGCAGGGGGGAGGGACACAAACCUGCCAUCGCCCACAGGGAUUUCAAGAGUAAGAACGUGUUGCUGAAGAAUGAUUUGACUGCUGUCCUGGCUGACUUUGGACUGGCUGUGAGGUUUGAGCCCGGGAAGCCCCCCGGAGACACCCACGGACAGGUGGGGACACGGAGGUACAUGGCACCCGAGGUGCUGGAGGGGGCCAUCAACUUCCAGCGCGAUGCCUUCCUGCGGAUCGACAUGUACGCUGUUGGCCUGGUGCUGUGGGAACUCGUGUCCAGGUGCACGGCUGCUGACGGCCCAGUGGGUGAGUACCUGCUGCCCUUUGAAGAGGAGAUUGGACAGCACCCAACCCUGGAGGACCUGCAGGAGGUGGUCGUGCACAAGAAGAUGCGUCCAGCCUUCAAGGGACACUGGCUCAAACACCCGGGCCUGGCCCAGCUGUGCGUGACGAUAGAGGAGUGCUGGGAUCACGACGCCGAGGCCCGCCUCUCAGCCGGCUGUGUGGAAGAGCGCAUCGCCCAAAUCCGCAGAUCCGUCCACGGCCCCACCUCGGACUGCCUGGUCUCCAUAGUCACCUCCGUCACCAAUGUGGACUUACCGGCCAAAGAGUCCAGCAUCUGAGCCCGGACCCGGGGCCCAAAGGCGAGACCGGAUGACCCGACCCCAAGCCCGACGAAUCCAUGAAUGCAGCUGCUAUUUCACCUCGACGUUUUGGUCACUGUCGUCAGGGAUGAUGGUGAUGACGACGAUGAUGAUGGUGGUGAUGAUGAUAGUGGGUUUUAUUGUGGGGUUGGGUUGCUUUUUACCAGCACAUUUCUCUACUGUACUGGACACAACGGACAUCUCCUCGAGUUCCCGGGUGCUGUCCAUGAUGGUGGAAACGGCGGGGGCUCGGUACCUCAGAACCUCGACGGCCCUAUGUUUCCCUGGCCGCCCAGCGGGCGGCUUCUGCCCUCUGCACAGAACCCCUGGGAACGAGGAAAACGCCUCUCCUGGUGGAACGCGGGCUUCCGCAAACUCCCAAGGGGUCAUUCGAGACUAUUUUGUAGGGUCACACCUGCCCCAGGAACAACACCUCCCUCACCAGCUCUCCCUUGGGCCUUUCCCCUGGGCUCUCCACCCACUCCCCUCCCAAUUUUCCCUGCAGCCUCCCUCACCCGACUCUCCCGGGGCGUCUUCCUCCCCGGGCUGUUCUUCCCCUGCCUCUCCUCCUGACUGGUCCCCAUCCCUCUCCUCUCCCCUCCCCUCCACCAGCUUCCUCAUCCUUUCUUUCCCCUUCUUCCCAACAGCCUUCUAUCCCGAUUGGCCUCCGCAGCUCUCUUCCCAUCCCAUCCUCUUCCAAGACUGGACCUUUGGAAGCAGCAGGCUUCUCUCACAGAUCCAGCACGUGUUCUGGAUCACAGACCACAGGGAUCAGGGGACUGAGGGGACUGGGCCCAGCCAGGGCAGUCGGUGCUGGGUGGGAGGGGCCCAAGUAUCUGGGGUG